AUGCCCGUUUUUAAACUGCGGAACGCGGCCAAGGCCGAAGAGGCCAAGGCUGAUGCCGUCCCUCAUGUUGUGCACGAGGAACUUGCCGUGGAGAACAUCUCGCUGAACGAGGACGAUGUCGAGCUGGCCAAGCGCAUGGGACACAAGUCGGAGUUUGCGCGCGAAUUUAAGAGUUUCUCGACGAUCUCGUACGCAUUUGCCAUCAUGGGCCUGGUUUCGUCGGUCGCAACGACCUUUAACACGCCGUUCACGACCGGUGGUCCCGCCUCGGUUGUCUGGGCGUGGUUCAUGGGCUCGAUCUUCAACAUGGCGCUCGGCACGUCGAUUGCCGAACUCGUGUCUGCUUACCCGUCGUCCGGUGGUCUGUACUCGGCGAGUGGCCUGCUUGUCCCGGCCAAGUACCGUGCGAUCACCGCGUGGGUCACGGGAUGGCUCAACUUUACCGGUCAGAUUGCAGGCAUUGCGGGCUCCGAGUACGGUCUGGCAAUGAUGAUCUACGCGUGGGUCUAUGUGAUCACCGAUGGCAAUUUCGCUGCUACCAAUAACCAGACGGUCGGCCUCUACUUUGCGCUGCUCUUUGUGCACGGCACCAUCAACAGUCUUGGCACCAAGAUCCUCGCCAAGAUGACGAGCUCCUACGUGAUUGUCAACAUUGGCAUUACGUUUGUGAUUAUCAUUACGACGCUCGCGUGCACGCCUCUGCACGAGAUGAACGGCCCUGGGUACACCUUUGGCCACCUGAACUCGGGCGAGGCCAGCGGAUGGUCGGGCAUGGGCGGUACUGCGCUGUGCUUCUUCUUCGGUCUGACGUCGGUCCAGUUCGUGAUGACCGACUAUGACGCUACCGCGCACAUUUCGGAAGAGGUGCACCGUGCGGCAAUUGCUGCGCCGGUUGCCAUCAUAGUCGCCGUGCUGGGUACCGGCGCGGUCGGCUGGCUGCUCAACAUUGUGAUGAUCAUCGUUUCGGGCGACACGAUGGCGAAGGAGGACACCUGGCCGGGUGGACUUGCCAUGGCGCAGAUUAUCUGGAACCGCCUCGGCAAGGUCGGUUUCCUGGUUGUCUGGCCGUUUGUGUGCGCCGUCGCAUUCUUUGUCGUGACGACGGCCGUGCAGGCCAACGCGCGUUCUUUCUACGCAUUCUCGCGCGACAAUGGUCUGCCCGACCGUGGCAUCUUUGCCCGGAUCAACAAGCGCACCGGCACUACGGUGAACGCAGUGUGGCUCGUCAUUUUCCCCUGCAUUCUUCUCGGCCUCCUCGGUCUCGCGUCGUACUACGCCAUUAGCGCCAUCUUUUCGCUUGCGGCGCUUGGUAUGGACCUUUCUUAUCUCGUUCCGAUUGUCAGCCGCCAGAUCUUUGCGAACCACCCCGAGGUGCAGUACGUCCCGGGUCCCUUUUCGCUCGGCAGUGGCUGGUUCGGGCGCACGGUCAACAUUAUUGCCAUUCUCUGGACGAUCUUUGAGUGCGUGAUCCUGAGUAUCCCGCUGGCCCUGCCGAUUACCGGAAAGGGCUUCAACUACUCGUGGGUCAUCAUGGUGGGUGUGCUGCUCCUGGCGAUGAUCUGGUACGUGGUCUAUGCGCGCCGCCACUACCACGGCCCGCGGAGCACCAUGACCCCUGACCUGCUCAAGAAGCUCGGCGUGGUGACGGUGCAGGAGGACAACGAUGCGCAAGCGUACUCCUCCGCGGUGCCGACGGCCGAGACUGAGACCGUCUCGGAGUCUGCGCAAAAAUAA